AUGGAAAAAAUUCAAAGAAAAAAGUCAGCUAGUAUUUCUACUAAUAUCAGCCAAGGAAUGAUUAAUCUAUAGAUACAAAGUGUUCGCAAAAACAUCAAUCCUAACUUUUUCAAAGUAAACGAUGAAAGAUAAUAGAAUGGAUUGCUUGUAUUUGAUAAGAAACGAGAUUUCGAAGCCUAAUAAGAAGAGAAGCUAGUUGAAUAUAGUGGAAUUAGGACUGUUACCUCAGAAAAACCUUUGAAAUUAGCUUGGAUUUUUGAUACUACUGAUAUAGAGAACCUCAAAUUUAAAUCUAUGAUAUUAGAUUAGGGAAUGACUGAAGAAAAUAAGAGUCAUAGUUUAAACUUUAACUUGGGUAAGUUGGCUUUAUCCCAAUGUCCUGGUAAGAAAAUAGAAAAGGGCAGAGAUGGAAAGAGACAUGAUAGAGAUAUAUUUAAGGAUAUUGAGGCUUACGCAAAUUAGGGCAUUAACUUAAUAAUCUGUCUUCUUAGUGAUAGUGAACUGAGAAGUCUUGGCCUUAAGGUGCCAGACUACGAAUUGGCUUGUGAUAGAUCAAAUGUCAUAUUGUUUAAAUACCCAAUAAUUGAAAUGGCUCCGCCUGAAAAUUUGGAAUAAUUUCACAAGGAAGUAGUGGAAGUGAUAGUUAAACAUCUACUUCAGAAUAAAGGUAAUGUGCUUAUACAUUGCCGAGGAGGGGUUGGAAGAGCUGGUCUGCUAGCAUGCUGUGUGCUUUCGUACUUUUGCGAAUUCGGCAACUUCAAAAAGAUUAUAGAAUUCAUGAGAAAAAGAAGAGAUAAACGCUGCGUAGAGAGCAGAAAACAAGAAGAUUUUGUCAAAGCUUACUUUAACUUUAUCAAUAGCUAAUGA